AUGUCUGCUCUAUAUCUUGAACGAAAGCGUCAUUAUGAGCAGUACAAAGCACGACAAAGGAACUCAAAUUACGCUGAAUACAAAACAAGCCAUCAUGCCAGCCAAACAAUGGUUGAAGUGACAACUGUAAAGUCUAAUCAUUCUGGGACUCAAAUCGGGAAUCAGAAGCUUAGGGAGGAAACCAAAGAACUAGCUAAACAGAACCGGGAGCUCCAGAGAAGGCUGGACCAUGCUAAUCUGGAACAGGAGCUUAUGUGCCAGCGGAAUACAGAGCUUAAUAAUAGAAUCCUUGAACUAGAGAAAUUAGAGCAAGUGCAAGAAACAUUGAAAGCUACCAAUAUUGUGGCUGGUAAAACCAUCGAAGAACUUCAGUGUAGCAUUGCGGAUGUAAAUCAUCGGUACGAUGAUCUACACAAUUGCUUAACAGAGAUGGCGAUUUGCUCCAUAUGCUGGUCUUAUAUGGUGCACCCUGCAAUACUCUCAUGCGGGCAUAUAUUUUGCGCGGCGUGUCUCGGAAAGGUCAAAGAAUUAAAUGACUACAUCUGGGAAAGUGACCACAAAUGUGGUAUUUGUCGUGAGCGCGGGCCCAUACUGGACGGACCCACUCGAUUCGUUCGCCAAGUAUUCUGGUUGGUUCUUCCCAGGAAUGAACCAUCACCGGCACCUUUAGAGAACCAAGACAAUGGGGAGGAACAUGAUAGAGUACUUCAGACAGGAGGCACGGACAGUUUAGAUGAAGUGGAUAAUCCGAGUCAUGAUUAUGGCGGGAUCGAAGACGACCAGAGUCUUGCAGGAUCAGACGAUUCAAACGACGAUGAAUAUGAGUCUGCUUAA